AUGGCCUCUCAAACUGUGAUUACAGUCCAACCCCAGUUUUCAGCUGCCCAACAGCCUGUUGGGGAGUGGCAAACAGGGCUGCUGGACUGCUGCUCCGAUUGCGGUGUAUGUCUCUGUGGGAUGUUCUGCUUCUUCUGCCUAAACUGCCAGGUGGCUGGCAACAUGGAUGAGUGCUGCCUGUGCGGCUCUAGUGUGGCCAUGAGGACCCUGUACCGCACCAGAUACAACAUCCCAGGCUCCAUCCUGCGAGACUUUUGCUCCAUCUGGUGUUGCACCCCAUGUGCGCUCUGCCAGCUGAAGAGAGACAUCAACCGCAGGAGGGCAAUGGGCAUAUUCUGGUAA